AGUGAGCAGCGGCGCGCCGAGGGCGACUCUCCGGCCAGGGCAGAUCGGCCGGUUGCGCACUGCAGGGCGCAGGGGUGGCGGCUGCCCGCGCGGCCGAGCUUACGAAGGGCGCAAAGGGAGACGGCGGUUUGCCGGGGAUGCGCAGCAGAAAGGGAAUCGAAGGAGAAGGCGAGGCCCGCAGAAGCUAUUUUUUGCAUCUCUCUACUUGCGUGACUCAGCCUGUGUGUGUGUGUGUGUGUGUGUGAGAGAGAGAGAGAGAGAGAGAGAGAGAGAGAGAGAGAGAGAGAGAGAGAGAGAGAGACAAGGCGAGGGACUUGGCCGGACCGCCCGCGAGAAAGAGAAAGGGGAGGCGGAGGCUUGGCUUUCCUUUCUCUUUUUCCGCAAACGGGAGGCGGAGAGGCCGCGAGCUGCUCUGAGGGCAAGGAUCGAGGGACCGGGAUUGAGAUCUGGCGGCGCCUGGCGCUGGGGGCGGUUGAGGAAGCUUUGUUGAGAGCCUGGGGCUGCAGUCCCAAUGACCCGUGAACUUCGAAGGAAGUCUCUCACAAGUUACUGGGGCUUCCAAUGAACGCCAGCCGCCGUGAAGCUCUGCGUCUCCUUGCGGGUCCCCCAGACCAUCCCCAUGGACCUGCGGAUUGGACAGCGUCUCGCCAAACCUGGCCCUGACACUGCCUUGCUGGCCUUGAAGCAGACGCAGCAGCUCCAACACCAGCUCUUCCUGGCUAGUUUGCACCCCCGACUGGAGUACCAGCAAGUGGAGCAACUCACCCACCAGCACCUGCGGGUGUCGAUGGAGUCACCGCCUCAAGAUCCCGUGCCUGGGAAGCAGGAACAGGAGCUGCGGCUGCUCUUGAAUAAAGACAAAAGCAAACGCAGUGCUGUAGCGAGUAUGGUUGUGAAGCAGAAGCUGGCAGAGGUCAUCCUGAAGAAACAGCAGGCCGCUCUGGAAAGGACCAAUGCACCAGUCAUUACAUACAGAUCUUUGGAACCGAUGGAACAUGAAGGCCCAUCCAACCCUGCCCUCCCCAGUUUCUUUCCUCCUGUCUCCAACAGCUCCGGAGACUCCCCAGAGCACUUUCCACUGAGGAAAACAGCAUCUGAACCCAACCUGAAGUUGCGCUACAAGACCAAGAAGGCUGGCGAGCGGCGCAAAAACCCACUGAUGCGCAAGGAGAGUGCACCCCCUUCCUUGAAGAGGCGCCCGGCAGAAGCCAUUGAUUCAUCUCCCAGCAGCAGCAGCACCCCAGUGUCUGGGUGCAGUUCACCCAAUGACAGCCUGGUGCCAGAGCACGGAGCCCUGCCAGCCGCGCCAGGGGCUGCACAAGAGACACCCCUUGCUCAGCGCCUGAGAAUGCAGGAGAGCUCAUUGGCUCAGUUUGGUCUUCAGACCACUGGCUCCCUCCCAGCGCUCACCCUUGGACUUCCGACCACUUCUGCAGCGUCUGCCAGGGGCGAUGGAGAUCACCGGACACACCCAGGCCUUGCACACAAGGUGCCUGUCCUGACUAGCACUCAUGCUCCCGUUUUCCUGCCAACCAGCUUGGAACAACAUGAGCCUGGGAACCCACUGUCCACUCGGCUGCAGCCUGUUAUAAUCUUGGAGCCCUCUCUCCCCCAUUCUCCUCUUGUGACAGUUCCAGGACUGGGGACGGUCCCUUUCCACUUCAGCCGCUCCCAGCUGCUUCCUCCAGAGCGAUUGUCGAUGGCUGCACCCCACAAGCCCUUGGGAAGGACACGCUCGGAACCUCUGCCGUCCAGCCCCAGAGCUGUCCAGCAACAGCUGGCCUACCAGCAGCACCACGCGUUCUUCCUGGAGAGGCUGAAGCAGCAGACCCAGCUGGGCAAGCGCAUGGCCAAGUCCAGCGAGAAACCUCGGCUGCAGCAGAUCCCCUCUUCAGAAGACAUGGAGGCAGAGGCAGGAGAAGAUCUGAGUGACCCACCCCAGGCCCAGACGGAGCCUUUGCCAGCAGGGGGAAGCAGCAACAAAGAGACAGAAAAUCGCUCCCGGUUGGGUCAGCCUCAGGAGGAGCAUGUCCUUCAGCAGGCCCAGUACGUCUGGGAGCAGCAACAGCGCAUGCAGCAGCAGCAGCAGCUCCUGCGGAGGCAGCCGGACUCACUGCUUGUCUCGGCUAGCCGCGGCUCCCACCGGCCACUCUCCAGAGCUCAUUCGUCACCUGCCCCUGCCACUGUGUCCCACCUGAGCCAGGACACAUCUGCCAAGGCAAUGCCCUUGCCGGUGCAAGAGCAGUCGGCCAAGUCACGCUUCACCACAGGCAUCGUGUAUGACUCAGUCAUGUUGAAACAUCAGUGCUCGUGUGGGGACAACAGCAACCACCCUGAACAUGCUGGCCGCAUCCAGAGCAUCUGGUCUCGCCUGCAAGAACGUGGCCUACGCAGUCAGUGUGAGUGUCUGCGGGGGCGCAAGGCCACCCUGGAGGAGCUUCAGUCUGUCCACACGGAGCGCCAUGUGCUGCUGUAUGGCACCAACCCCCUCAGCCGCCUGAAGCUGGACAACGGGAAGCUAGCUGGUAGGAGCCAAGGCAUGCCACCCCUCGCCCCCAACCCAAGGCUGAGAGGAAACAAAGAGGCCUGUAGUCAGAAGUUGUGCUCUAAAUCGAUGUUUGACGAUGCAAAAAAAAUGCACAUAAAAUGCCGAUCUACACCCUCAGUCACUUUCUUCUUCUCCUCCUCUCUUUCUCUCACAGGAAUCCUUUCCCAGCGGAUGUUUGUCAUGCUGCCCUGCGGUGGGGUUGGGGUGGACAGCGACACCAUCUGGAACGAGCUGCACUCCAGCAAUGCAGCACGCUGGGCAGCUGGCAGUGUCACCGAACUGGCCUUCAAAGUGGCCAGCAGGCAGCUCAAGAAUGGCUUUGCUGUUGUACGACCUCCUGGACACCAUGCAGACCCCUCGACUGCAAUGGGCUUCUGCUUCUUCAAUUCAGUGGCGAUUGCAGCCAGGCAGCUUCAGCAGAAAGGGAAAAUCAGCAAGAUUCUUAUCGUAGACUGGGAUGUUCACCAUGGCAAUGGGACUCAGCAAGUGUUCUACAGGGACCCAAAUGUCCUCUACAUGUCUUUGCAUCGCCAUGAUGAUGGCAACUUCUUCCCCGGAAGCGGAGCAGCCGAGGAGGUGGGCUCUGGUCCUGGAGAGGGCUUCACCGUCAACGUUGCCUGGACAGGUGGCCUCGACCCACCCAUGGGGGACCCCGAGUACUUAGCUGCUUUCCGGACCGUUGUGAUGCCGAUAGCCCAUGAGUUCUCUCCGGAUGUGGUGCUGGUGUCUGCAGGCUUUGAUGCAGCUGACGGCCAUCCGCCCCCACUGGGAGGCUACAAGGUCUCAGCCAAAUGUUUUGGCUACAUGACCCGGCAGCUGAUGAGUGUGGCUGGAGGUGCUCUUGUUCUGGCCCUGGAAGGGGGCCAUGAUCUGACUGCCAUCUGCGAUGCCUCAGAGGCCUGUGUGUCUGUCCUGCUGGGCAAUGAGCUGGAGCCUCUCCCCGAGGAAACCCUGCAGCAGAAGCCCAGCGGCAACGCGGUGCGCUCCCUGGAGGCUGUGAUCCGGGUACAAAGCCAGUACUGGAGCUCUGUGCGGCGCUUUGCCCCCACUGUGGCCUAUUCAUUCCUGGAAGCGCAACACCACGACACAGAAGAGGUGGAGACGGUGACAGCACUGGCCUCACUUUCAGUAAUGGCAGAGAAAAGACGGCAGGAUGAGCCAAUGGAAGAAGAGCCCAUGAACCAGUGAAGAAGACAUGCUUCAUCCUCCUACAGGAACACAGCUUCCUUCGUGGCUUCUUACUCCUAUCACAGCCCAGGCUCCUGCCUGCCAUGCAGCCAACGUUCCCCUGGAAAACAGACUAAAAGUUCAGGCAGUGGCUCUGUAGAAAGGGCCUGUGGCAGGUCGCCAGGAUUAAUUGGUGACUCUGGGAGCUGCCUCAUGUGGAACUCCCCAAUCCUGAAGUCCUCUUUGGAAUCGUCUUGGGUUGAAAAUCUGACACCACAAAGGGUUCCCAGUGGGACACAGGGGGCUAGAUGCAGAACUUGAGAGUUUGCUCUGACGUUGGGGUGGUGCCUUUUCCCCUCCAGAACCAAAGACUCAACCCCUCCCCCCCCGGCUCACCACCGCUUGGAAAGAGCCUGCUGAGACGGAGUCAAGAUGCUACUUCCCUUUCUUUUACUAAGCAAGACUUUGUUGCUUUAUGCCAGGAUGCCCCAUCGUCACGGGAGCUGGGUUUUGCAAGGGGAGAAUUUUCAGAAGACAUUUGGAUGUCAAACAGCUCCUGCUAACCACUCUCCCAAACCUACCCUUUUUGUCUAGGACCUCCCUAAGUUGCACUAUAUACAGAUCAUGCAGACACACACUUUGUCUACCUUCCAUAGAACUUUGUGGGGAGCAAUUGCACCUCCUUGUGGACUCAAAGCCCUUCUUGGUCCACUGUUUCACGAUCAUCAAGGCGCUAUGUAAAUACACAACCCUACUAUGGUGCUUGCAGCUGGUUGGUUUUUCCCUGAUCCGUGAAAACAAGCAGCCUUAUUCCAAAAAGCAAACUUGGGGUGGGGGUGGAAUGGAAAACGUGAGUGAGGAAUUUGUCCUCUGUUAUCCCAACCAAUAUGCAGACUUUGGAUUCUUGUAAAUCUAAUUUGUUUGGGUUUUUUUUUCCAUGUUCCUUUUGUUUGUUUGAAAGACACAAGCUUCUAGUCGUUAUGUUUUAAAAUGUGCAGAUGCUCCAUUAUUCAGAUGAGCAGCGUUUCUGUCCCACAUAGCUGGUUUAUGGUUUUAUGGCAUGGUAGAUAAUUCUCACCUGUAAAGGGCUGCUACUGACACAGCAAACUUUCUACGAAAACAAAAGCACUUGUAUGCAGAGAAAAGGCAUGUAGUUUUCAUGCAGAUUGACACGUGACUAUUCUGCACACGUCUGUUUUGCUGUGUGUAUAAGCAGUCUACGUAUAUUGGAAAGCUGCAGUCAGUAGGUGUUGGGCGCCCAUGGCAAUGAUCCCAAUGCCCUUUUUUUCCUACGCUGAGGAAUUUCCCUGUCCUGGAAAAUUGCCAUGUUCAAUGGGGCCGUAACUCAUUGUCAGUGGCCAGAUUUGAGAGGUGGGUGGUUGCAACACUGCAGGGCGGUCUGGCUAAGGAAUGGGGGUGGGGGGAGGAUGCAGUGUACAGACCAUGUAUCGAAACCACUGGAUCUCAACCAACCAGUAAAUUGAGCCUUUGCUGCA